UUAAUGUUAAAAGUCUGUCUUGCCCGACAACUGAUUGAUGAUUGAGGAGAAAAAGAAGAAGAAGAAGAAUGGUAAUAGUUAUGGAUUUGGAAGCUCCGAAAUCCAAGUUUCAAAGUCUGUCGAUAUUCUUGUUGCUCUUUCUCCUUCCCACAACUCUCGCUGAUGGUGUCACUCCUGGGGAAGCUAAACAACUCAGAGACGAGGUGAGAGAAAUGUUUUAUCAUGCCUUUAAUGGAUACAUGGAGAAUGCUUUUCCACUUGAUGAAUUAAGACCUCUAUCUUGUGGAGGGGAAGACUCGCUUGGUGGUUAUGCCUUAACAUUGAUUGACUCUUUAGACACACUGGCUUUACUUGGUGAUUGGGAACGCUUUGCUGCUUCUGUUGAAUGGAUUGGUAAAAACCUUCGGUUUGAUAUAAAUAAGACAGUUUCGCUAUUUGAGACUUCCAUUCGUGUCCUUGGUGGUUUACUCUCGGCACAUCUUAUAGCAAGUGACUAUGCCACGGGUAUGAAAAUUCCAGCCUAUGACAAUCAGUUACUUCACUUGGCUGAAGACUUAGCCCGGAGAUUGUUGCCUGCAUUUGACACUCCUACAG